UUGCCUACAGGAGCCGCUGCUUGUGUUGAACUGAAGAGAUUUGAAGAAGCAAUCACUUGGUGUGAUAAGGGACUAGCUGUAUCCUUUGAAGGAAUCUUUCAUUUUUAACCGUGGGUAUAACGGAAAAAAAUUUCAAUAAUUUGAUGUUUCAAGGGAGAAAAUACAAAGAAGGGUAUUAAUUAUGAUGGGAAUUUGUCAGCUCAUAUACUUUAAGUGUGUGUGAUUAAAAACAUAGGAGAAGUUAUUACCUCAUGACUUAUUAAUGAAAUUACUCCUUUUAGCCAAUUUGACUUAGUUCUACUAUCCAUGCCAAUAACUGGUAGAUUAGUUUAAAUAACCCUUUAAUUUCCCAGACCAAAUUUGUAAUUAUCCUUACUGUCAACCAUACAAUUCUUGUAAUGUUAGUACAGAGAAUUCAGUAUUGCAUCAACUAACUAUUUUUAAAUUGAUAUAUCUUUUUUACUUUCAACACUUAUCUGAUUGAUAUUGUAUUGCUAUUGUAAGGAGAAAUUCUCUUUUGGUCACUCACGGGAGUUAAAGGGUUAGAAGACUAAAUUUUAUCCAGUUUGUACAUAGCACUUGGGUAGAUGAUCUCUCUAAAAUAAGCCAAAACAAAAAGCUCGGUAAUGUUUACAUAUCUUAUGCAGAUUUUCUUUCCUUCGACCUUUUGCCACUACUUAGAGACUCGGAAACUUUCGUUGUGCUUUCCUAUAGACCAAUAAAAAUUUUAAAGACAUAGACUGUUAUAGACUCAUUUCUUCCACUGUUGUAAAACAUUUGUCAGAUGUUAAAGCCAUAUUAAUUUAAAAUUGAGAUAGUGCUGCUCAGUUUUUGGAAACUAGGGAUUAAAUCUAGACAUUGCGCGUUAAAUUUUGAGGCUGCACACAGAAAAAAAAACAUUUUUUGAAGUGUAGAUUUACUUCAUAACUGACUUUAAGACUGAAUGUUGAUAAUUCCUCUACCUUUCAUGCAAAGCCCUCCUAAUGGGCCAUUUUAUAGUUGUGUACUUAGUUGCCAAGCCUUUGAUUUAGAAUGAGGCUGAAGGUGACCUUGUUGUGAUAGAGACCAGUAUCUAGAAACGAUAAUAACAAAGUAGUUUGCAUUUAAAAGGCAGCAAGGUUUUUAUCAUAACAAGGUCACCCUUAAUCAUCGCUCUUGUUCAGAGGUUUGGGGGCCAAGCACGCAAAUGUUAAAAUGGACUAUUACAUAUCAAUAUGAUCAGAAACAUAAUCUUUUUUUUUAUUUCCACAUUUGUAACCCUUAACAUAAAAAAGAUUGACAAAAACAAUAGGAUCUUGUUGUCAUUAAGACUUCAGUCUGUCAGUGAAGUGAGAGAUAAAUCCAUGGAGGAAAAAGAUCCUAUUAGUCAUGACCACGGUAGUGCAAGUUCAGGUGAUGUCAAGAAAGUCAUAGAUCUCUAUAAUCGGGGAGAAAAAGCCAUAGAGUACCAGAACCUAGAUCUUAAAAUAGCUAAAGAAGUAGGAGACAAGCAUGGAGAGGGUAAGGCUUAUGGCAAUCUUGGCAAUACUUAUCACCGUUUGGGUGAUUUCAAAAAAGCAAUAGAGUACCACAACCUACAUCUUAAAAUAGCUAAAGAACUAGGAGACAAGCAUGGGGAGGGUGUUGCUUAUGGCAAUCGUGGCAAUGCUUAUCACCGUCUGGGUGAUUUCAAAAAAGCCAUAGAGUACCACAACCUACAUCUUAAAAUAGCUAAAGAGCUAGGAGACAAGCAUGGGGAAGGUGUUGCUUAUGGCAAUCUUGGCAAUGCUUAUCGCUGUCUGGGUGAUUUCAAAAAAGCCAUAGAGUACCACAACCUACAUCUUAAAAUAGCUAAAGAAGUAGAAGACAAGCAUGGGGAGGGUGUUGCUUAUGGCAAUCUUGGCAAUGCUUAUCUUAGUCUGGGUGAUUUCAAAAAAGCCAUAGAGUACCACAACCUACAUCUUAAAAUAGCUAAAGAAGUAGGAGACAAGCAUGGGGAGGGUAACGCUUAUGGCAAUCUUGGCAAUGCUUAUCACCGUCUGGGUGAUUUAAAAAAAGCCAUAGAGUACCACAACCUAGAUCUUAAAAUAGCUAAAGAAGUAGGAGACAAGCAUGGGGAAGGUGUUGCUUAUGGCAAUCUUGGCAAUGCUUAUCUUAGUCUGGGUGAUUUCAAAAAAGCCAUAGAGUACCACAACCUAUAUCUUAAAAUAGCUAAAGAAGUAGGAGACAAGCAUGGGGAGGGUGUUACUUAUUGCAAUCUUGGCAAUGCUUACCUUAGUCUGGGUGAUUUCAAAAAAGGCAUAGAGUACUACAACCUACAUCUUAAAAUAGCUAAAGAAGUAGGAGACAAGCAUGGGGAGGGUGUUGUUUAUGGCAAUCUUUGCAAUGCUUAUCUCAGUCUGGGUGAUUUCAAAAAAGCCAUAGAGUACAACAACCUACAUCUUAAAAUAGCUAAAGAGCUAGGAGACAAGCAUGGGGAGGGUAACGCUUAUGGCAAUCUUGGCAAUGCUUAUCACCGUCUGGGUGAUUUCAAAAAAGCCAAAGAGUACCACAACCUACAUCUUAAAAUAGCUAAAGAAGUAGAAGACAAGCAUGGGGAGGGUAACGCUUAUGGCAAUCUUGGCAACGCUUAUGGCCGUCUGGGUGAUUUCAAAAAAGCCAUAGAGUACCACAACCUACAUCUUAAAAUAGCUAAAGAAGUAGGAGACAAGCAUGGGGAGGGUAACGCUUAUGGCAAUCUUGGCAAUAAUUAUGGCCGUCUGGGUGAUUUCAAAAAAGCCAUAGAGUACCACAACCUAUAUCUUAAAAUAGCUAAAGAAGUAGGAGACAAGCAUGGGGAGGGUGUUGUAUAUGGCAAUCUUGGCAAUGGUUGUUUUAGUCUGGGUGAUUUUAAAAAAGCCAUAGAGUACCACAACCUACAACGUAUAGUAGGUAAAGAAGUAGGAGACAAAUUUAUGGAGGCAACGGCCUACUAUUCAUUAGGAUGGUUUUUUGAGUGGCAAGGUAGACUGCCAAAAGCCGUUCAACAUUACCAAGCUAGCAUAAAUUUAUUCAAUUCCUUGAGAGUACUUCUAAUAUCUAAAGAUGAGUGGAAAGUUAAUUUUCGAAAUCAGCAUCAAGCGGCGUAUACGGGUUUGUGGAGAGUUCUCGUAGAACAAGGUAAUGUAGAUGAGGCCUUAUUUGUUGCUGAGAAAGGACGAGCUCAAGCUCUGACCGACCUCAUGGAAUCCAGUUUUUGUUGUGGAACAAGUCACCACAAGGGAGAAGAUGAAGAUUGCGCAGUUUUAAAAAACGUUCCAUCAAACACUGUCUUUCAGGCAGUGGACGAAGCUAACGUCCAUCUUUGGGUUGUGUCCGAAGGAAAACAAGUUCAGUUAAGACAAAGUAAACUCAAAGGUUUUGUUUCAGAGAAUAGUGGAUCUAGCCUGUCCUUUGAGGCUUUCAUGCUCGGUGUCUAUACACAACUUGGUGUUCGUUCUAAUGUGAGAUGCGAGAAUCGAUCUUUAGAUGCUUUGAGGGAGGGCCGUUCGAAAGUGGAUGAGAAAACCAAAGAAGCCAAGCCUCAACCUCACAUCCAACAAGACGGGUGCUUGAGCACUUUGUAUGAUAUCGUUAUGAAGCCGGUGGCUGACUUGAUUGAAGGGAACGAGCUACUCAUUAUUCCUGAUGGACCCCUGUGGAUCGCUCCUUACGCUGCAUUGAAGGAUGGUAAUUCUAAAUACCUGUGUGAAUCGUUCACAAUCCGAGUCGCUCCAUCAUUAGCAAGUCUUAGACUCAUUGCCGAUUGCCCAGAUGAUUAUCACAAAAGCAGUGGUGCGUUACUUGUAGGAGAUCCGUGGGUAUCCGAGGUUACUAACAGCGAGGGAAAGAAAGUCUUCGAGCAGCUUCAGUAUGCUAAAAAAGAAGUAGAAAUGAUCGGAAAAAUUCUGAAUAUCACGCCAAUCACUGGCAGUCAGGCCACGAAACGUGAGGUGUUGAAAAGACUCAGUUCCGUUUCCCUAGUUCACUUUGCGGCGCACGGAUGUAUGGAAACUGGCGAAAUUGCUCUUACACCUGACCCAGACCGAAUAUCUACUGUGCCAACGGAGGAGGAUUACAUUUUAACAAUUGGAGAUGUGUUGAAUGCUCAACUUCGGGCUAAACUUGUUGUGCUUAGUUGCUGCCACAGCGGCCGGGGCGAGAUCAAGGCUGAAGGUGUGGUUGGCAUUGCGCGCGCUUUCAUGGGGGCUGGUGCUCGGUCUAUUGUGGUUUCCCUGUGGGCGAUUGAUGACGAGGCUACUCUUGAGUUCAUGAAAUACUUUUAUCAACAACUUGCAGGAGGUAAACUAGCAAGCGAGUCACUGAACCUGGCCAUGAAAAGCCUCAGAGAAUCAGACAAGUUCUGCGACAUCAAACACUGGGCGCCCUUUUUGCUGAUUGGAGAUGACGUCACUCUUGACUUCAAGGCAAAGGAAAGAGAAAAUUUGAAUAUGAAAUCACAUAAAUGA